UUGGCCAUAAUUGUAAGGUUAUUUUUAAUAUGAGAAUUUUCCACAUAAGGUAGAACAAUGAUCAGAUAAAUACAUUUUUCAAUUAUACAAUUCAAAAUGAAUAUAAGGCAAAUCUAUCGCUGUCUCAGGUAUAACAUCAGAUACUUAUCAAGUUCUUCUACUAUUGAUCAGAAUGAAAUCAAUUUAUUUAAUAAAUUAUCAACAGAGUGGUGGGAUGAAAUAGGUAGCUUCAAAGCCUUGCAUUCAUUCAAUAAAGUAAGAAUACCCUUUGUAAGAGAAGGUCUCAUACAAAAUGGAUCCAUUAAAUCAGAAUUAGUUAACACAUCAAAAGUACUGAAUGGCCUUAAAAUACUGGAUGUGGGAUGUGGUGGAGGUUUAUUAUCUGAACCUUUAUCGAAAUUGGGUGCUACAGUUACUGGGCUCGAUGCAGAAGUUCAAGCAGUAGAAAUAGCCAAAAAACAUGCUUUAGAAAAUCAUGUAGAAAAUGUGUCUUACAUUGUAUCCUCCAUUGAAGAUCAUGUUAUUGAGAAUCAAGAGAAGUAUGAUGCUGUAGUUGCAUCAGAAGUUCUAGAGCAUGUGUCAGAUAGGGAAAAUUUCAUCAAGAUUUGUGUUCAAUGCUUAAAACCUGGAGGAAGCAUUUUUUUUACAACUCUUAAUAGAACACUUUUGGCUGAUAUUUUAGCCAUCAGAGUGGCUGAGUGCAUAAAUUUAGUUCCUAAAGGAACACAUCAAGUAGAAAAAUUUACAGAACCACAUGAAUUACAGAGGAUUCUAGAAAAACAUAAAUGCCAAACAACACUUGUCCAUGGCUUCAAGUAUGGAGUUUUCACAAAUACAUGGUCAUUUACUUCCAAUACUUCAAUUAAUUAUGGUCUCGCUGCUUUAAAACUUGAGUGAUAUAAAAAAAGUUGUUGGAUUGAUCUUUGUUGUUAUUUUGGAGUUUGUGUAAAUAAAUUAAGAAUUUUUUUGAUA